AUGACCGCUUCAUUACUCCUCCAAUCGCACUGGAUCGAACCGGUGAUGUUCCUCUACGACAGCGGUCUGGAUGAAAGAAGCAAGAACAUGGAGGGAUUUUCUGGAGGCAAUUUCGCAGCAAACCAGUGCAGGAAUUUGUUAGCACAUCCAACCUCGCUGGCUCCCAGCACCACCUACACUGCGAGUGAGGUGCCAGUGUCUGGCAUCGGGGAGCCUGGCAAACAGUGCAGCCCAUGUUCUGCCACUCAGAGCUCUCCAAACGCGUCUUUGCCUUAUGGAUACUUUGGAAGCAGCUAUUACCCGUGCAGGAUGUCACACAGCAGCGUCAAGGCGUGCGCGCAGCCCUCUGGAUAUGGCGAGAAAUACAUGGACUCAUCCGUCUCUGGAGAGGAGUUCUCAACCAGGGCGAAGGAAUUUGCGUUUUAUCAGGGUUAUUCCACUGGUCCUUAUCAGCCCAGCUACCUGGACGUGCCGGUGGUACCUGCGCUGAGUGCGCCAUCUGAGCCCAGACACGAGCCUCUGCUGCCCAUGGAGCCCUACCAGCCUUGGGCCAUCACUAAUGGCUGGAGUGGUCAAGUUUACUGCGCCAAAGAGCAGCCACAGUCAAACCCUCUGUGGAAAUCCUCGUUGCAAGACGGUAUAUCCGGAGGCGACAGCUCUAUCCGCCGAGGGAGAAAGAAGCGCGUGCCAUACACUAAGGUUCAGCUAAAGGAGUUGGAGAGGGAGUACGCCGCCAAUAAAUUCAUCACCAAGGACAAAAGGAGGAGAAUAUCAGCGCAAACGAACCUGACUGAGAGACAAGUGACAAUCUGGUUUCAGAACCGGCGUGUCAAGGAGAAAAAAGUGGUCAAUAAAUUCAAGACCCCCAGUUAG